AUGUCGCUGUCUGUAGGUGCCUCACACGCCGAGAAAAUUAAUCCAGAGGCUGUACACGCCGCGUUGGCUCGAGCGAAAGCUCGAGUGCAAUACACGGUGACCGACAGUCAUGCGGAUGAUGUUUCUUACUGGCUUGAGCUCCUGAAAGAGCUUGAGAAGGUCGAAGAAACCAUCCCGCAGAUGAACAAGCUUUGCCAGCAGGACGAGUUCGCGCGCAUGCAUCUGGUCGAUCAAUCCUACAAGCAUUUCAAUGAGGUGCUCGACUGCGCUCUCCGCUUGGGAGGCAAUAAAAGUCGUAAUGGAUCAUAUCGGAGGGUCAUUGAUUUGACAGAACGCAGCAAGCGCAUCCGAUUGGACAAAAGCUUACUGUUCAUACGAGAAGACCUCAUGAGCAGUCAAGAGGGAAUGGACUUCGAGCUGGCCAUUAACCAAUUGCGUGGCCUGCAGAACCGUGUAUCCGAGGACCGACCUCAAAAGUUGUACAAGCCACUCGAUCAAUCUCGAUUCGAGAUCAGGAUACUAGAGCUGGUCGAUUACAAGCUACACAAAGAGUCCUCCACAGUACCGGCGAUGUUCUGUCAACUAAGAACCGAAUCACUGGUUACGUGCAAUGACUAUCACGCGCUCUCAUAUUGCUGGGGCGAUCAGCUUGAAGGCGUCAGCGUGGUUAUCGACGGGCAGACGUUGAUAUGUACCUCAAAUCUUGCCAUGGCUCUGAAGGAAAUGCAUCAUCGCGGGGUCCAUCGUGUUUGGGCCGAUGCUCUAUGCAUAAAUCAAUGUGAUACCGGUGAAAGGUCUUCUCAGAUCCUUCUCAUGGGCCAGAUAUAUCGCCAAGCUAAAGGUGUCAUUGUGUGGCCGGACGGCGCCAGCAAGUAUGAUGAUUUAUCAUGGGGUGCGGCGAUGGAGAGUUUGGCGUCAUCGACCGGAAAGCAGGAUAGCGUUGCCGACCACAAAUGGCACCUGGAUUGCAUAAUGAACAAUGCCUACUGGUCCAGGAGCUGGAUAGUGCAGGAGGUAGCGAAGGCAAAAUGCGUUGAGCUAUGGUACCGUGACAGGACUCUACCAUUCGAACGCCUGUCUCAUUGCUUGAAUUAUGGGAGGUGCUCGUCAUCAUGUGGGAUCAGUUGCGACCUACAUCUUGAGCCUCGCUGUUGGGAUCUGCUCGACUCGCUCUGCAGCUUUAGGGCGCAGGAGCAACGCCAAAGCCUGCGCACUGGUCGCAUACAACUAUCCACUGCUCUGCUUGCAAAUAGACAUCGCACAGCCACGGAUGAGCGGGACGUCAUAUACGCUUUGCUCGGCCUGACCCGAGAUGGUGCCGACUUACUGCCAAUACCUAAUUAUAUGCAAUCCGUGGCCGAGAUCUUCACAAAGACUACAAGGAGCAUGAUCCUACGUCAAGGACAAGAGGUUCUCAUUACGCUGGCUGGAGCGCGUAGACGGAGACAUAAUUGGAGCCUCGAUGAGGACAAGUUGCGAGAUGCGACUCUCCCGUCGUGGGUCCCAGAUUGGUCUAAGCUGCCAUGCAACCUGCCACCAUGGAUAUUGCGCAUGGUUGAGUCCCCUCUUAGCGCGAUUCCAGAGAGGGAUUCCGUUGACAUCGACCUGGUUGUCGGUGAUCUCGACCCGGCCCAGAGUAUUCAUCUGCCGGGUCAUAUUCUCGAUGAUAUCGCUUGCGUCGGAGGGAAGUCAGAUAGAUCCAUAAACUUGCGAGCCGAAGAGGCUGAGUGGCGUGAAUGGUCCAAACGAGCCGAACGGUCUGCUGAUGCGAUCGUCGACGUACCAGACCGAUACACCUUGGACGCGCCAUUACUAGUCCAGGUUCUUUUGGUUCUGAGCCGACUGUACAGAAUCGUGACUGAGACUGCGGACCUUACGGAGGACGAGCGUGUGUACCAGCAAAGCUUGACAACGAAUGAGACUGUUUCGAUAAUUACAUGCCAGCUCGCAGGACGGCAUGAUACCGCAGCUGAUUUACUGCUUCGUCGUUUUUGGCUCCAUACGACGGGCUUUGUACGGGUUGGACGACACACUAUUCACCAAUAUGCGAGGCUUUGGGAACAGUCGACCAUGGUCAGCUAUCAAAGUGAUGGCCAGUGCGAUGUUAUCUUGCAGCGCGCCUUUGCAAAUUUGGAGAACUACAGGAUGAAGCUUGUUGUGUCCUCGCAGGAUAAUCUAAGUGUGGUCUAUGACGAGGCGCAAGUCGGUGAUUCCAUUUGUCUGCUCGAGAACUGCACACUGCCUGUGAUCCUGCGGAGAGUAAGCAAUGAUCGAUACCAAUACAUCGGCGAGGUGUGCUCAACUUCUAUUGACACCUCACCGACAGUUUUGGCAGAAGCAAGUCAAGUCUUCUGCAUCAUAUAG